UGUUGAUAACCAAAGCUUAUGCAAAAAUCACUCAUUUGUGGGAAAUUGGACCCAAUACCAAAACAUGACUUCUAUUACCUCAGGAUUACAUUUAAGUUGGCGAGCACCUGAGGACUUGGCUAUUUUUUGGUUAUGCGGAAACAAAGCUUACAAAGCUCUGCCUCCAAUUUGGGGAGGAAUUUGUACCCUAGGAGUUAUGUCUACAGAUUUAGAAAUUCAUCCAAAAACUGUCUCAAGUGCAACAUGGCAUAGAACCUUUUUAACUCGAAUUCGAAGAACACUAAAUCCCUUGAUUGAAAGGUCAACAGGAUUUAAUUCAUUUGUGAGAUGGCUGAUUCCGGCUCUGGGAGUAAGUGAAUUAGAGAAAGCAGUCUUAAAUGUCUCUGGGGAAACUGAAAAAUUAGCAAAUUCAACUGCACAUGGACUUUCUACUCUCCAGAAAGAGGUAACUGAACUUUCAAAAAUGACUAUCCAAAACCGAAUGGCCUUAAACAUGAUUCUGGCUUCACAAGGUGGAGUUUGUACUGUCUUAAAUACCAGCUGCUGUAUGUAUACUGAUCGAUCAGGAGAAUUAAUGACAGAUGUCCAAAAAAUUUGGGAGGUUAGUGCCAUGAUGCAACAAAUUCAAAGAGAUGAUACAUCCUGGGGAUUUUCUGACACCUUUUCUUGGUUAACAUCUUGGUUUCCAAAUUUGGCCACUUGGGUGAAAAAGUUAAUUGUAAUAGUACUCGUCGUUAUAAUCAUAGUAGUAUGUGUAAUUGUGUUGUUUCAAUGCUGUAUAAGUUGUAGCUCUAAGAUAAUACAGAAGAUAGAAAAGAAAAUGUGGAGUUACCAACAGGAUCGCAGGAGUGCGAUGAAAAACAAAAGGAGGGAAUUGUAAAAGGAACUAGGCCUUAAGCCUUAUUGUUUUAAGACUAUUCAUAUUAGACAUAUAACUAAUGAUUAGAAAUUGGUUUAGAUAUGAUUAAUAGAAUGCAGGUGCUUAUAAAACAAUAUCUAUGAGCUGCUUAAUUGUUCUAUGAGACUCCCUCUUCAUGGCUGGCUUAAAAUCCAGUCAAGCUGAAUCAACAGAGGAAGGAUCAUACCUCUUAGACCUAAGACAUGGGAGUAAGUGAUUAACUUUAGAACAAGAUAAAUUAAUGUAAUAACCUGAGUAGUUUUUUUAGAAAUUCAUAGGUACCUUUGAAGUGUAAGAAGAUAAGUGAUGAUGGUGACCGGAGACCUUCUGCCUAUGACCACCAAUCUCAGAAGAACCGAGACAUGAGAAUGGAGAAUGGAUGAGAUAAGAUGAUGAAUGAUAACGAUAUGAGAACAGAAAAUCGGCUGGAAAAUUACAGAGACUUCGGCUGGAAAAUUGCAGAGACUUUGGGUUGGGACAAUGGGUGGCAAAAGGGUAUAUAAGGUCUGGAAACUUUUGGAAGUGUGCCAUUCACUGCGGUGGUGGCCCAACUCUGAGUUGUUAAUAAAGCAAACCUAGAGAAACCCACGUCUGAAAAUUCUUUAACACAAAGGGGCUUCAAGCAGCCAAGACUUCUGGAAGUUGAAAGCCUUUC